AGAGGGGUUGACCGACAGAUAAACAUUACAUGCGUUGGAGUUAGACAUACAUGCACGAUCCACGUUUCGUUAGUUGAAAGCAGAAGCGAUCGGCGACGGGAUCAAACUGAUCUUUUGGAAGAACUACGUUUCUGCGAUCAAGAACACGGAGACCGUGACGCUUUAUCUACAACUAAUCUUCUGGAGCAAUCGCAGCAUCUUGAGAAAAAGAAUCAUGCUCGAGAAUACGAGUCGCUGACGAGAGAAUCGCCGACAAUUCUCGUUCUUGACAUUCUCAUUCGAACGUUGAUAGCUAAUUAAAAAAUCGUCAUGGAUCUCGUUUACAUACCGGAGGUGUUUACUUAUGGAUAUUCGAGAAAUCCGCAGUAUCGCGACUACGAAUUACCAUGGAACAAGGACUACUUCAAGUGCAGUAGCACCAGAAAAUCAGUGGAAAGCCAACGAACCACGCAGCAACAAUCCAAAGAAAGUUGCCACUUAUGCAAAGAGAUGAAAAGGAGAAAUCUAGCGGUUUACAUAAGAAGUAAAUCACGAAGCGAUUCCUGUCAUGAGGGAAUCCAUGAAGAAGAGGAGGAAAACGAUGCAAUGAAUAGUGAGAAAAAUGUGGCAAAUACCAACAAAAAUAAAUUUGCUAAAUCAUUAUGCAAUACAAAAAAACAGGAAUCAUAACUCUUGAAGUAUUACGUAACGAAAAGAAACAACAAUAUUAAUUUUAAGCGUAAUAUGCAGGUGUAAAUACGCAUAUAUAAUGAAGUUAUUUUAAUUAGCUUUAAUGAUGUUAAUCUUACGUUGACGACCAUUUAUCUGUUUUUGAAGACAAGUUUAUAUAACGCGAUACAAAAAAACGAAUAGCAUGAAAAUACAAGCAUAAUGAAUUAUUGGGUUAAUUAAUUAGACAUAUAAACGUUAUAUUUUCAAAAACAGGUAUGAAAUAAAUUUUCCAAGGGUAAGAUUAUAGAUGUAAUUAAAUUAAGAUUUAUGCCGAAGUUUAUCAUCGUAAACAGGAAUAUUUUAUCAUUGCAAUUGUUAUCAAGAUCAUUAUUAAUAAAGAUUAUUAAAUAUAUAAAAAAGUAGUGAUAAAUUAUUCAAUUGGCGUAUAAAUAAUGCUUGCAAAAACUGAUCUGCUGAGUUAGAUGAUGUUUCUGUUUUGAAAAAUUGUGAUUUUAAGAUGUACCUGAUAUAUUGCUUUACGACUAAAUUUUCUCAACAUUGGUUGCACGCUAGUUUUCUAAUAAAUGUUUCUUUGUAAAUAUGGAUAUAAAUACAUUUCUAUAUAAAUAUGCAGAUGCGAAAACAGAUAUUUGUAGAUAUGCAAAUUUCUAUAUCGGCAUAUUAAAAUUGAGUGCCUAAAAUUAAUAUAAAAAACAAUAUUAUUUUUUUAUAGAAACUGUUUACUAUGACUUCGGUAAAUUCAGGAAACUACAUUGAUGCUUGCACGCAAAUUAGAUUUACGCUAAAAAAACUAAGAGAACGAAAAAGGAACAUUGUAUAAUUACACAUUUUAGAUUUAGUUGAUAACUAUCCUGCUUAUGAGAUAGUAAGCAUACUUAAACUCGCGCAUACUGUAAAAAUUGAUACAGAAAAUCAAUUUGAAAAUUCGAUACAGUUUUUUAUAAUGAAAGAGCUCGCUAAUUGCUUGAUGCAUAAGACUGAAUAUACGAUUUUGCAUAUAAGAUGUAGUAAAGUAGAUUAGUUGAAUAUAAUAUUGCCACUACAUUGUAACAAAAUUACGUAACUUGUAUUUAGCUCUGAGAGAUAAAUAUAUUAUAAUUAAAACGAUAACUAACAAGACGAUGAAUAGAAUUGAAGAUUAGAAAUAAGAUAAUAUACUUUUAUCAUAUUUGUGAUGUGAUAAUUAUGUAUUAAGAUUUUGAUUUGUAUAUUAUCAGAUAUAACAAAUCAUUUUACUGUCACAAAUAUUGUUAUAUUACGCACUUGCGUGAUUAAAUAACAUUGCUUGGAAAUAUAAAGCAUAAAAAACCGGAUAUUUUAUAAGAAUAAUAAUAAUGCACAAAAAUCUAAAUU